UCUGUUGUGUGCUGUAGGAGCGAUGAGACACUGACAGCAGCACAGCAGCUCCACAGUCUUCAGGUCUGCUGUCUGACAUUACUAUCAACUGAUGAAGAAAGAGAGGCAGAAUUAAACAGCAAUAAUGUUUACUGACCAAACAGGGGUUUGGAUUUGAUCAUUGUUACUGUGUAUGCUCGCUAGAGGCUGACAUUUUUUCAAGUAGGAGCAGCUGCAGGAGGAUUGGGGCCUGUCUUUGUGAACGGGUAGAUUGUGAAAGAGAAACUGAGGCAGGAUGUUCUCCUUUCGAUCUUAACUCUCGUAUUAACAUUUUGUUAAUAUCUAAUAAUCAUAUAAAUCAUUUCUUCAAAAAACUCCUGUGAACACAUUAAUGCUCAACUGAAGAGAUGAAGUUCAUUUGUUUGACUUUGCUGAUUUUUAGUGGAAUUACAGAUUCAGUAUCAGAGCGGUAUGAAGUCGUGGGAUCUGCAGAUACUGUUCUUAUUGUAGCUGGUGAAGAUGUGAUUCUGCCCUGUUCAGUCAAACCCAGCAUCAGUGUUGUGGACAUGAGAGUGGAGUGGUUUAGAUCUGAUCUGAAAGACACACAACUAGUGCAUCUUUAUGAGGAUCAUGAAGACAGAAACAGAGAUCAGAUUCAAUCCUACAGAGAGAGAACAAAACUGAAUCAUCAAGAACUACAGAGAGGAGAUGCAUCACUCAAACUCUCAUCAGUCCGAGUCUCUGAUGAAGGACUUUAUAAGUGUUUUAUUGAGUCCAAAUCUUGGUAUGAUGAUACCACUGUUGAUGUCAGAGUUGAGGCUGUAGGACGUCCUCCAGUGAUCACUGUAGAUGGGUUUGAUCAUUCAGGAGGGCUUCAUCUUCAGUGUGAAUCUGAAGGCUGGUAUCCUGAACCUGAUCUUGAGUGGCUGGACAGUAAAGGAGUCAGUUUGAGUUCGGAAACUACAGAGACACACAGAAACACAGACAGAUUCAGUGUGAAACAUACCAUUACUGUACAUCACAGUGACAAGAUUCACUGCAGAGUCAGACUGAGACAUCACAUGAUUGAGGCACUGAUUAUCAGCUCAAGUAAUAUGUUUAGUUCUUGGAGGACUUCAGUCAUCAUGAUUUCAAUUGCUGUUGUGCUCAGUGUGAUUGUUGGAAUACUGACAGCUGUGUUUGCUCGUAAAAACAGAGAUUACGAUCGACUACAGAAUGAGAAGAGAACACUACAGAAUGAGAAGAGAACACUACAGAAUGAGAAGAGAAGACUACAACAUGAAAGUGAUCAACAUUUACAACUUCUGAAGACAAUCAUACCCAAAGUGAAUGUGAUUCUGGAUGCUGAUACGGCUCAUCCUCGUCUCAUCGUGUCUGAUGAUGGGAAACAAGUGAGAGAUGGAAAGAGACAAACAGAAAGACUGGAUGGAGAUAAAGACAGAUUUAAUAAUUAUCUUGGUGUUCUUGGGAAGGAUGGAUUCUCCUCGGGGUGUUUUUACUUUGAGGUGCAGGUGAAUGGACAAACUGAGUGGGAUUUAGGAGUGACCAGAGAAUCUGUGAACAGGAAGGGGUCGAUCAUUCUGAGUCCUGAGGAUGGAUACUGGAUUGUGGGUCAGUAUGAAGGGGGGUAUUGGGCUUAUGAGUCUUCAUAUGUCUCUUUUUCUCGGAGUAUGAAUCCUCAGAGGAUCGGUGUGUUUGUGAAUUAUGAGAAGGGUCUCAUCUCCUUUUGUGAUGUUGAGUCCAUGUCUCUUAUCUACUCUUACACGAAUCAAUCUUUUAAUAAGAAACUCUUUCCAUUUGUUAGUUUGGGGUAUACAAGUAAUGUAAACCCCAUUCCACUGAUUAUCUGUGAUGAUUACUAAUGAGAUCAGUGACUGAAUUUACAUGAUCCACAGAAAUAAACCAAAAUACAAUUUAAACAGUGUAACAGUAAUAAAUAUUAAAUAUGAUUUGCACUUCCAGUCAAAAAUAUGGCCACACAAGGGUGAUUUUAUGUUUUCUGUGAUCUUAAAAUGUUUUGGUUUUAAGACUUCUGCUUUAAAUGUGUAAAAUUACUUUUUUUGUAAAUAAAUAUAAAUAAUGCCUAUAUAUACAUAUGAAUUUCUUUAUGAGACAGAGGUUUUACUUUAUGAUGAAUAAUGUUUUGAUCUGUAGAUGAUGAAUGAAAAGCAUCAUGAAGAGCUCAUCAGUUAACAGUUUUUCCUUUAAAGGGACAAUAAGUAACUUUUUAGGUAUUUUAUUAUCUAAAAUCAAUAUUUUUAUUCAUAAAUAUGCCCUCAAUGGUGUACAAAUACCUAUGCCAAUGUUUAAAGGUCUAUUGGCUAUUGUAAGGCAAUUGUAGCGAAGUGCAGACCGCUUUCAGUUUAUGUGAAGAUCUAGUUAUACAUUUUGUUUUAGACAAUAUGAUGC